GGAGGAGAGAGAGAGAGAGAGAGAGAGAAAGAGAGAGAGAGAGAGGGGGCGACGGAGGAAAGAGCGCACGGAGAGUGAGUGGAAAAAAAGAAGAGGAGGUGUUUUUAAAUAUAAAGGAAAGAAAAAAGAAACACACCUCAGACACUGUUGAUAUAUACUUUUGUUUCUCUCCGGUAUGUUUGGACCGUCAGAAUGACGAGCUGCAGCUCUCCGUGACUAAUGAGUAAUUUAACAAGCCCGGAGACACACACGGCCACACCGCGGAACUUCUCCCUCUGCUCGGCUGUUGGAGUAAAACAGCGUCGGGAAUACAGAUCCAUGAGGAAGAGCGGAAGAGUGGAGUGAAAGUAGCUCUACACACACACACACACACACACACACACACACAAGCAGGGAAAAGUUUGCAGAGGAGUGCUGAACAAACCCAGGCUUUUAAAGAAAAGCAUGAAGACCCCGGGGGAUUCGGGGUUUGCCUUCCCAGAAUGGGCGUACAAGCCAGAGUCCAGCCCGGGAUCCAGACAGAUCCAGCUCUGGCAUUUCAUUCUGGAGCUGCUCAGGAAGGAGGAGUAUCAUGAUGUCAUCGCCUGGCAGGGCGACUACGGCGAGUUCGUCAUCAAGGACCCGGACGAGGUGGCACGGCUGUGGGGAGCCCGGAAGUGCAAACCUCAGAUGAACUAUGACAAGCUGAGCCGAGCUCUGAGAUACUACUAUAAUAAAAGGAUCCUGCACAAGACGAAAGGGAAAAGGUUCACCUACAAGUUUAAUUUCAACAAGCUCGUUCUGGUCAACUACCCCUUCAUUGACAUGGGGUCUACAGGUUCCAGUGUGCCUCAGAGUGCUCCUCCAGUCCCAUCAGGUGUAGGAACCCACUUCCGUUUCCCUCCGUCUACUCCGUCUGAUGUUCUCUCCCCGAAUGGUGAAGAGCUGCGCAGUCCUGGUGUGUUCACCAGCGUGGCACGGCGGGCGGCACGGGGCUCUGUAUCCGACUGCAGCGACGGCACCUCUGUAGCCUCGGAGCUGGAGGAGGUGGGCAUCACUACCGGUGAUGAGCGUCCAGUAGAGCGAGCCUUCAGAUCUCUGUUCUUGCCACACCAUUCACGCCUCACUCACGACUCUCUGUUUCGCAUGUACGGCAUUCCUCCUCCUGCCCCAGUACCCUUCCCUGCUUCACCUCUGCCUGGAGGCCCCCUGCUGCCCCCACAGCUCUCACCUGCGCUCUCCAUGACCUCUACUCCGAGCUCACACCUGCCAUAUACACCCUCACCAUCACUGGCCUCGCCCAUGCCCGGCUCACGCUUCUCCUUCAGCCCUGAAGACAUGAAGCGCUAUCUGCAAGCACACGCGCAGAGCGUCUACAACUACCACCUCAGCCCACGUGCCUUCCCACACUACCCCAGCAUUGUUGUGCCCCAGCCACAGCGUCCAGAUAAGGGCCUUACAGCAGGCACACACUUCACUGCUCUCCCACUGCACCAUCAGCAGCCUGAAGAUCCACACCCCUCACCCUUUAAAUUCAAGCUUCAGCCCCCACCGCUGGGCAGAAAGCACCGUGAUGGCCCACCCCCCUUGGCAGCAGGACUCGGCCCUACUGGUACUCCCUCCACAGGUUUGUUUGUGAGUGAGUGUGGUUCUGCCACGGGGCAGGGUUCUAAUUCUUCACCUUCUGGACUGGUCAACAGCAGCUCUGGAGGACCGCCAAAAAUCAAGGUCGAGUCGGUCUCAGAUAUAGAAUCGGAGGAGGAAGUAGAGGUCACCGAUAUAAGCGGAGAAGACGACAACUGCGAUGUCUUCGCCCCAUCACACUGCAAUGGAGGCCCCGCCCUUCUGCCCUGCCCUGAUGAGAUCAUGGAUAAUGAGGAGGAUGAGCUUGAGGAAGAUGUCUUUAAGACCCCAGCAGCACCCCCUUCUGGUGCUGUUAUUGGCACCGGGGCUGGCAUGACUUUACCAGGCCUUAAAGCCGAACCCAGAGAGGGCGGUCCCAGCAGCCCCGGUGGCACCCAGUGCAUCCCACUGAAACUGCGCUUCAAGCGGCGCUGGAGUGAGGACCAGCGAAUGGAGGCAGAAAGCGAGGAGGCUGAAGACAAAAAGAGUCGUGCUGAAAAGGAGGAACCCUCAGCCCAAGAAGCUCAGAGGAUGCAGCCAAACGAAGAGGGGAGGGGUGGAGGGAACUUGGCCGCUCCCUUGGGCGCAGGCCAGAGGAGGGUGAGCUCUGAGCUUCAGAAAGCGACAGCACAAUUGUCUUUAGAAAACAACGGGUGCUAAGGAGAGAAUUGUACGUACUAUAAGACGAUUCGCACCGAGCUGUCUGCUUUGGAUUCAGAUGUGUACACACAUUCAGGCUGAAAGGAUAAAUCUACAUGCAGUAACUCCCAGCUGUCCCACAUACAGAACCACAGCUUCUAGGUGCUGAGACACUACAAAUGACCAAUACUCCUCCUCUGCAGGAUGAUUUGAUGAGCUGCUCCUUCAUUUGACCUGCUCGCCCACUAUAAACUGAUGAUAACGCACUAUUACUGGCGUGUCUUUUCCUCGGAACUCUUUAGGCACAUUAAAGAGGGACGAGCAUCAAUGCCUUUCAAACCCAGAUUAACAAAAGUGCCUGAAUUGUGGUGGUCAGUGUACUCUGCUUUACAGAGCAGUGAGGUGGUAACCUUCAUAUUGAGAAAGGACCUUUUUCCUCCAUCUGAGCUGUAGUGCUUAGACAUCAUCCGGUGAUGACUUUCCAUCCUAUUAGGAACCUUCUUCUGUCAGCAUGAUGUUAUUCAAUAAGACCCUUGCAGAACAAUUUGGCUUUUCCCAGUACCUCUUUUCUGUCACUAACUGCUAAACUCCACCUUGGGGUCCAGAUGUGUGUGUGUUUCAGAGAGCACCUCUCUCCCCUGUCCUAUCACUCAGCCUGGACAAAAGGGACCACUGAUGUCUCCAAAUGUAUAUACAGCCCUGAUACAGAAUAGAUUUUAGUGUCCAUCCUCUUUAAAGCUUGAUGCCUGUGACCAAGUAUGAGUGUACAUAAUAAAGCAACUCUUUCUCCUCUUUUUCUCCACUACAUCACUGAAAGAGACAGUAGUGCACCAUGAGCCAUGGCUCUCACAGCUGAAAUGGGUGAGUAGAAGAUGGUAGCAGGUUCCUCAUGCCAGUCUGAAAGCAGCAACAUCUCAGGCAUAUGUCAGCCUCCACUAUGGAGGUCCAUGAAGCCUUUAAGAAGAAAUUUAAACAGACUGUGCCUUUUUCUAUACAAGCUUAAUAAUAAUAAAUUCUCCCACGUUACAACAGAAAAAGACGACUGUAACAUCGUCAUUAUAUUUUUUUUUAACAGAAUACACAAAGUCCAUAUAUUCGUUAUAGAUAUAUAUUUGAUACAGAUGAUCUAUCUCCACACGAACAGAUAUAGAUUUAAUAAUUCUUCAUUAUUUUUAAAGACUCAGAAUGGUUAGUGUUAUCAACGAGUAGACCGGCAUAUUUCAAGCAGGCUGAACUGAGUUGUUGCUCCUCUGCCACAUGGUGAUGGAGCUGCUGUCAUGCAGGAGAAGCUCUGAGCUCAGGAAGUACAGCAGAUCCAAUAUUACACACUUUGAUCAGUGCAACACAACAACUGAGGAGAGGCCAGUGAAAUCAAUUAUCAUGUCUUUAUUAUUUGUUUAUUUUUUACCCCUUCAUGCUGAGUACAUACUGUAAGCAAUUCUUACAAAAUUUACCUACAGCUCUCUCCUUUUACUUCAUCCCUUUAUCUCUUUCUUUACCUUUCUCUCUCUCUCUCUCUCUCUCUCGCUUUCUGUCUUUCUAUUUCUCUUGUUCUGUCUGUCUGUCUGUCUCUCUCUCUCUCUCCCUCCACUGCACCAGCUCUACCUUCCAGCUGCCUUACUUAUUCAUACUUGUAAAAAAUGUGUGUAUAUUUUUUGUAUCUUCAGUAUAGACCUUGCUGUUUUUUAUUAUAAUCAUCGUGUAUUAUUAUUUUUUUAAACCGUGAUAUUCCUGAUAUUUUGUACCCUUUCUCGAAAGCUUCUUAAGGUUACUACAAAGUGUAUUCCCGAUCUGUACCGGCUUUGUAUCUUUACUGGUUUUAAUCAGCCAGGUAAAGGGGCGGGGUAAUGUUAUGCUAUUACAUUAUUUUUAUCUGAAUAUAAUCUUUUUUUUUUAAUAUUUUUAAUUGUUGUGUACAUAUUUUUUUUGCAUUUUGGUUGACUGUAGAACAAUGAAGAGGUUUCUUUAUUGUGAAUAAGGCAUCUCUUUCUUUUCUGUACAUGUAUUCAUCUAUCUUUUCCUCACCUACAAACAUACACCCCUAUACUCUGAACACUCUGAAGAAGAUAUGUAACUUGACAUCGUGAGGAAAUGUAUUCUAGUUUCUCUUUUUAAAACUGUAAUCAGGGUUCAUUAAAAACAGGUAAACAUCAAUCAAA